AUGAGGGAUCAUUUUAUCAGGAAUGUACAGCAGGAUCAACUUAUUACAUAGAAAUAAUGGCUCAGGGACACCAAGGCUUAUGCUUUGGGUUUAUCUUCUUACUAUGCUUCUUCAGCUCUACUUUUGCACUCAGGAUUCUUAAGGACCUCCCUAUGAUGGAGCCAAGAAAGCUAGAUCUGAACCAUGAAAUGAUGCCUGGGAUGGUUAUGCUACAGCCAGAUCAUGAGGUCCAACCUGAGCACACGGUCAAGCCUGGCCAUACACUCCAGUCCAUGUCCGGUGUAUCAGAACAUCCAGAGCACACGGUUAAGCCUGGCCAUACACUCCAGUCCAUGUCCGGUGCAUUAGAACAUCCUGAGCACAAGGAAAAGCCUGACCAUAAACUCCAGUCUAUGUUGGGAGAACAUCCUGAGCACAAGGAAAAGCCUGACCAUAAACUCCAGUCUAUGUUGGGAGAACAUCCUGAGCACAAGGAAAAGCCUGACCAUAAACUCCAGUCUAUGUUGGGAGAACAUCCUGAGCACAAGGAAAAGCCUGACCAUAAACUCCAGUCCAUGUCUGGUGAAUCAAAACAUCCUGAGCACAAAGUCAAGCCUGAUCAGAUAAUGCAGACCAUGGCGAGUGAACUGGAAGAGGAAGAUCCUGACCACACAAGUAAGCCUAUGGGGUAUGGUGUAGGUAGGGGCUAUGGAAGUGGUGGGUCUGGUGUUGGCUAUGGCGUUGGAAUUGGCUCUAGUGGAGGCAGUGGCUUUGGAGAAGGUAUUGGCUCUAGUGGAGGCAACGGCUUUGGAGAAGGAAUUGGCUCUAGUGGAGGCAGCGGCUUUGGAGAAGGAAUUGGCUCUAGUGGAGGCAGCGGCUUUGGUGAAGGAAUUGGUUCUGGUGGUGGUACAGGUAUUGGCAUUGGAGAAGGAAUAGGAUCCGGGUCUGCCCAACCCAAUUGCGGCCCUGUCACGGGAGCUCCAGGUAGCGGAUUCGGUGAAGGCAUAGGACAAGGUAGUGGUCCAGGGGAAGGGAUUGGUAUCGGUAUAGGACAGGGUGGACCUAGUGUAGUAGUCCCAGGCACAAGAAUCCCUCCGAUAGUGGUUCCAGGCGCACAGAUUCCCGGUUUUGUGAUUCCAGGUAUCACAGUUCCUGGCUACGGUACUGGAUGCCAAACAGGUGGCUGCAAUCCGAACCCACCACACUACUAUAUCCCACCAAGCUGUCCCCAUUGUCCACCUUUCACAUCAGGACAAGACAAACACAUGUCAGACAAAGGAGCCAUGACCGAAGCUCUUGCACCCACUUCACCGGAGAUACAUGUUUAAGCUUUAAGAGUCCAUGAAACACCAGUCUAAUAAAUCACUCAUAAUGAAAUCUAUUUUGGUUUAUAAAAGCUUCACAGAAAGUUGAAUAAUACAACUUUCUUGCUCAAGUAAAAAGAUAUAUAAGGGAAAUGCAUAUAAGAAUAAGUGAGAAGUACUCAGAGACAGAAAAAGAUUGAUUAAGAAUUAGGCAGCUGGUAAUUGCAUUUCCAUGGCUGUGUAUCUGUAUGACUGACAAAUGAGUUUAAAUAGACCGGUCCACAAAUCAAGUU